AUGACCGCACCAUUCGACGCGGCUUUCGUCUCGAAAUAUACCGAGCCUCCGAAUCCCAACUGGUCUUUGGGUCAAAAGGUAUCGGAGACAGCUCGGGGCAGCGAAUGGCUCGAAGGCGAGAAGCACGGAUGGAAGACCGUUGAUCCUGCCGUGGAGGAGGUUCCGAAGGUGUACCAAUUGAUGAUCAGUGGGAUCAUUCCACGUCCGAUUGCCUUCGUGUCCUCGAUAUCCGAAGACGGUGUAGAGAACCUGGCACCGUUCAGCUGGUUCAACAUGGUGACCCACUAUCCGCCUGUUAUCUCGGUAUCCAUCGCCAAAGCAGGUCCAGGGAAAGCGAAGGAUACAGCGCGUAACAUUGCGGCAACCAAGGGCUUCACAGUAAACAUCAUCAGCGAGCCAUUCGUCGAAAACGCGAACGUCUCCUCGGUCGAGGCCCCGGAGACGGUGAGCGAAUGGCCGCUGAGCGGCUUAACGAAGGAGCCGAGUGUGCACGUUAAACCGGCACGAGUACGAGAGAGCGCGUUCAGCAUGGAAUGCGAGUUGUUUCAAAAUGUCGAGAUAGUUCACCCAGAAUCCGGACAGACAACUUGCAACCUUAUUUUGGGCCUUGUCAAGUGUAUUCACGUACGGCAAGACGUGCUUAACGAAAAAGGCUUGGUCGAUCCUGCGAAAUUACAACCAGUGUCGAGGCUUGGGGACAUUUCCUAUGCUCGCUUGGGAGAUCCGUUCAGGAUUUCACGGCCGACUUGGAAGCUCGAGGGGGAAGGCAUGGAACAGUACUUAACGAGCCUGACUCAGGGCGACCGCUGA